UUCUAGCUUGACCCGGUCAUAGCUUCAGAGUUUAGCAACCACACAAUACUCAUAAAGACUCAUCGUUAUCAGCGCACCGGUAAAUCUACGCUCACACAGAUUUCGUCAAUUUGAUUGACAACCUGAAAACUUAAAAUAUUGUAUUUGUUUUAUUAGAAGAUUAAGAAGUUGCGCCUGCGCCGUGAUACUACGUUUUUUUUCUUCUUCUUGCAGCUUGAGGUAUGUCGCUUUGCUUGAAAAUCAGCAGCCGCAGCAAAGAGCAGAGGCGCAGGCAAAGUGCACUAUAUCGGAGCAAAUCCCACGGACAAGACAAAACGACAGCCCAGGGCCGUGGAUCAUAGUGGGGCUCAAAUCUGCUAACAUGCAGCCAUUCCUGUCGGUUCUGUAAACCAGACGAGUCGUUUUAUGUGGAAGACGCUCUCUCCCGUAAAUUUUGGAUGAUCUCCCACAGCCAGGUCCACGUAUUGAGAUGAUCUAUUUUUGUGAUGGCGAAGGGUCUGAUUCCACGGGCCUGGGUGAAAAAGUCUUUUUACUUCCAGGCUCGGAUCUCCUUUGUGCGGGUGAAGUACCUGUUCCUUACGUGGCUGACUGUGCUGGUGGGGAGCUGGGUGCUCUAUGUGCAAUACUCGGCCUACACAGAGCUGUGCAGAGGACACGAGUGCAAGAACGCCAUUUGUGAUAAAUACAGGAAAGGAAUCAUCGAUGGCUCUGCCUGCAGCAGUCUGUGUGACAAAGACACACUCUACAUGAGCAGGUGUCUGUCAACACUGCCAAACAACCAGGUGUACACGGGAAGCUGGGGAGACCACGAUGGGAUCAUCCGCUGUAAGUUGGGGGAGGUCGUGCACUACGAGCUGGGCGAGGAGCCGGAGCCACGGAGGGAAGCCCCCAUGUUCGACAAGCCCACCAGAGGCACAUCCGUGGAGAAGUUCAGAGAGAUGGUCUUUAAUCACCUCAAGUCCAAGCUUGGAGAGCAGGCUAACCUCGCCAGCCUCGUCAGCCAGAUCCUCUCUGUCGCCGAUGGCAAUAAAGAUGGACGGGUGUCGCUGCCAGAAGCUCGCUCUACAUGGGCCCUCCUGCAGAUGGAUGAGGUGUUGCUGGGUCUGCUGCUCCAGGACCGUGGACACACUCCUCGUCUCCUCGGCUACUGCGGAGACCUGUACAUGACGGAGCGUGUCCCCUACGGGCCCCUGUAUGGUUUGUCUCUACCCUGGCCGCUGGUUUCCUGGGUACCCAACGGCGUGCAGCGCACUAUGGACCAGUGGUUCACCCCAUCGUGGCCUCGCAAAGCGAAGAUCUCCAUGGGCCUCCUGGAGCUGGUGGAGGACAUCUUCCACGGCACCUACGGCAGCUUUUUGAUCUGCGACCUCGCCGCGGAGCACUUUGGUUACACCGACCGCCAUGAGCUCCGUCUGACUAAUGCCCGAGCGGUGGUUCCAGAGGACGAGUUCAGACGCACUAUGCGGGUGCUGAAGUGUGAGACGGAUGCUGACUGUGUGUACGGGGUGGACUGCCAGACGUCCUGUGACAUGUCAGAGAAACGCUGCAGGGAGGAGCCAGUUCAGCCAAAUUUGGCAAAGGCAUGCAGCACGCUAAAGGACUACCUCCUGCGCGGGGCACCGUCAGAGCUGAGAGAGGAGCUGGAGAGGCAGUUGUACGCCUGCAUGGCUCUCAAGGGUAACGCUGGACAGAUGAACAUGGAGCACUCACUUAUUCUCAACAACCUGAAAGCUCUGCUGUGGAGACAGAUCUCACACACCAAGGACUCGUGACGAGGAAGUCCUUUUGAAAUCUUGUUCCUCAAAUGGAGCAGAGUAUUUAAGAUGCUGUGAUUUAGGAAUAGCCAAUUUAACGAAAUAGUUUUUAUCAACUCCUAACACUUAUGAAUGGUUAGACUGAUGGAGACUUUACCUCCUCUAUGCAGGUUUCCGAAGUUUGGGGCCUAGAAAACACAUCUAAGUACUUUGAAAUGUAAGACUAAAAUAAACUGAAUGAUUGCAUGUUGCCACCAUCAAGUCACACUUAAAAAAGUUCACGCAGCCACAUUGUAUUGUAUUGUUCACCACAGUGGAAUGUUUCGGGGGCACUGCAGGAAAAACAGACUCGUAAACAGAUUUUACUGUUAGUCUCAAGAGCUGAGAGAUCAAAUCGCUGUUUUUGCCUCAAAAUCGUGCAGAUAUGUAUGGGCUGACAUGUUUAGGAAUACAAGGAUUGAAAAAAUCAAUUGUGUUGUAUAAAGCUAAAGUUGAAAGUGUAAUUUCAAGAUAGGCUCCUCAGUUUUGGUAAGGUUGCUACUGAGCACCAUGACAUAAUCAGGGAGUGUACAUUUAAAGAAUAAGGCUGGUGAUAUUCUAUAUUUUUGUUUCUAGCAAAUCCUGUGAAAAGACCAAAACCAAAGUUCAUUUUUUAGUACUAUCUGAUUUUUACUACACUGUCUGUUGCACUCAGCCCCAAGCCAAUUGGUGCCUACUGAGGGUAUAAAUCUUUGAAAACAUGUCAAAAAAUUAAAUUUUCGUGUUUUUAUUAAAUAAUUUGCUAAAACAGCUGGGACCCGUAGUUAUAGCAAAGGUUACUCUACACUACUAGCCACUACUACAGAAGUAAAUGGUGCAGACUACUUUCAGGUGCAAAUUAAUACACAUUUGGUGCACUAGUGAGUAUUUACAGCAGCAGGACAGUGUAUGUGGCAUCAACUCAAAAAAAACUACAGUGCCCAUGUUCAUCGUAAUGGUCACCCAGUGCAACAGUAAGAAAUAAACCAUGGUCAUGUUCCAAACUUUCUUUUUUACUUUAGUAGUAUGUACUCCAGCUGCCGUUACAAAGUAUGUACUGUUGCACGCAGUAUGCAUACAAUUGGAACAGACUACUUCAUAACAUUGCGCCUUGAACUUUGACCCUCUUGCUCAUAUAUGCUGCGCAGAGGAUUGUGGGUCCAAAUAGCCAGAAAAGCAUGUUGGUAUGCAUACAGCAAAAUCUAACUGGCUGCAGAAGGACAUCCUGGUAUUUUUGGCAUAAUGCAUUGGACAUACUAUGUAUUGGGACAUACUAAAUCUUUUUCUAAAUCUACUAAAUAGCAUGGUCUUAUGGGUAUUGGAACAAAGGGCAAAUUGGGCUUUACAGGCAGAACAGAAUGAUGAAUUAAUUCCUGGUUUGCGUCUUUUCAGGGGUAUACUUUACAAUAAUUAAAAUAUCACGAGACUUAAACUUUCAACAAGUAGCCUGCAGAUUAGUGAUAAAUUAAAAAGGAAAAACUUGAAUAAAACUCAACGUAUGACAAUGCCUCUAUACAGGAUCCAGAGACUUGGAGAAUCUGUGCCAAGGAGCAUUGCUUUUCCUGUCACUCGUCUGCAGAAUUAAGUGAGGCAGUUCAUUCUCAGUCAGUAUUCCACAGGGAUCAUCCUGUACGUCAGUGUACCUGACUCGCUGAACAUUUUCCACCUGUAACGCUAGUGAUAUCGUCAAUGCUGCAUCAAUGACACGCGGAAUAUUGAUGUAUUCGAUUUGUGAAUGUUAACUUGUAUUUCUCACUGAAAAGAUCAGUUGUGGUAAUGUGCUGUAUCAAUAUAUUUUUGGAUUUUAUCUCAGUGCCAUAGACAUCAUGCUGAAAUCAUUUAUGAAUGUUUACCACCGGUGAAGGUGGAGAUCUUUAUCAACUCAUGCAGCCACAUUUGAAUGCUAUAUACACCGCAUUUGAACGCUGUAUACAAAGAGUAUUUUCCAUGAUCCCUUCAAGACAUUUUUUGUUGUGAAGUUGCUGUGACUGAGUUGACAACCUGACCUGUUAAUCACUGCAAUCAUGCAUUUCAGAACAGGUGAUCUGUAGAGCAUGUCAAGCUUGUGGUCAAUGCUGUUUUGAAUUUUGUAAAUGUAAAAAAAAAGAAAAAGUUUACUUAUUGAAGAGACCAGCAUGAUUUUGCACAAUUAAACAACAUACCACUUCACUGUAA